GUUCGUUCUUGAGAUAUAAGAGGGUACAUGUAUGUGCAAAAAUCCCGUUUCUUUACUUAUCGAACGGACGCAGAGAUGGAGUAUUCGGCAGACGAUAUCGCAGUGGUCACGAAUCUGCAGCUAUUGGCGUACCUAUACAUGUCGAUGGCAACGUUCUAGACCUAUGAUUAUGUUUGUUCAGUUCGUGUAGAGUGGAAAUUCCUCCGUCGGUCGCGCUGGACCAAAGUAAAAGUCCUUUAUGUCGUUACACGAUAUGUCCCCUUUUUUCUUAUCGCCAUGAACCUCUUUAUAAAUUUCACAACGAACGACUCGGAGAGCCCCAAUAAAUGCGGGACAAUGAUAUUUAUUUAUUCAGGUUUCUUCCAGAUGUCAAUCACUUGCUCUGAAUCCUUUUUUGUGCUCAGAACGUAUGCACUCUGGAACAACAAUAAAGUCAUCCUUGUAGCCAUGCUGUCCGCCCUCCUUGCCGUUGUCUUAACUUCCAUCGGCAGUCGUUUUACGACUAUUGCCUCCUCAUAUGUUACGAUUAGCAUGAUUCCAGGCAUCACAGGUUGCUAUUGGAGCUCGCACAGUGUCCAAUUCUUGUCGUUUGUUCUUUUGUUUGUGUUUCAACUAGGACUGAUCUCCCUCACACUCAUACGUGUCAUACAGAGCUGGCGGACAACUAACGGCCAUCUGCAUGACGUCCUGGUGAAACACAACAUAUUCUACUAUGCAUGCGUGAUGAUUAUUGGUCCGAAAGUUUUCUCGGGCAUGAACGCCCUCGUGCCAAUGCUGGUUUCCAAUUCUGUAUACUAUACCAUCCUCGAAGAUUUUCAGGCCUUUAUCCUUGCGACCCUUGCCACGCGCAUGCACCUCCAUCUCUGGCAUAUCGACCGGCAAGUGCACGGCUCUGACGCCCUCAUAUAUGUGUCUAUGUCCAGCAUGUCACCUGCAGACCUUACGGUGUGAUCGUUCUGUCCAAUAGAAGCUCUGUCCUAAGCUCCCUGUCCUCUCCAUCGUAAGCUCAGCGCUUACUCUUUGACUUGACGUUUCUUUGCUCUCGAACUAUCAUAAUCCUGUAUGUAUUCAUCAGAGUCAGUACAGCGUCUUGUUCCAUUUCAUUGAUCCUUCGUGUAACCCAAAAUUCAAUGAUUCGAG